AUGGACUGGGCUGACUGUCCCCCGAUUACCAAGGUCUACCUGGUGGGAGCCUUGGCGGCCAGCGUCGCAGUGCAAUGCCAUGUCCUCACGCCCUACCAGCUGUACUUCACCUAUCGGGCCACGUUCGAACACGGCCAACUGUGGCGAUUGGUCACAAAUUUCCUGUACUUCGGCCCGCUGAGUCUCGACUUCUUCUUCCACCUGUUCUUCUUCAUGCGGUAUUCGAAAAUGUUGGAGGAGAAUACCUAUCACGGGCAUCGGGCGGAUUACGCCUGGUUACUGAUAGUAUGCUGCACGCUGUUACUGCUGCUCUCGCCGCUCUCGCCCGCCCCGUUCCUGUCGGCCCCGCUGAGCUUCACGCUGGUGUAUCUGUGGGCGCGGCUGAACUCGAACGUGCGGCUGUCGCUCUUCGGCGUCAUCACCAUCUCCGCCGGCCAUCUGCCCUACGCCCUCGUCCUCUUUAGCUGGGCCCUCUCGAGCGGAUACCAUGGCGUGAUCGGCGACCUGCUCGGCAUCGCCGUCGGCCAUUUCUGGUAUUUCUUCACCGAAAUUUGGAAACGUGAGCUCGGUAGUGGAGAACGGAAUUGGCUCAAGACACCCGAUAUCCUGGUCCGACUGAUCGAUGGUCCUGAGGCCCUGAUACAGGAAGAAGACGACCAGGAAUAA